CUUGUUUUGUUUUUUAUAUCAUUUUGUUUCCCCCCCCCUUCCUCCUCUUCAGCGGGGAUUCUCCCACCACAGGUGACCUGUAACUGGUUGGAGCGAGAGAAGGCAGGAGAACAAAUGGAGAGGAAGUGGAGACGAAGAGAAUGAGAGAGGAAGAGCGCUUCAGCAGGACCCGAGAGAUUCCUGGUGCACAAUGGGAGUCCCUUGCUCUGCUGCCUUUUGAUUUGAAAAUAAUAGAAGGGACUUUGCGUGAAGAGGGCCAACAGGAUUUUGACAUCACUCCAGUAUUUUGCCCUGUGAAAUACUCCCUCUGCCAUGGAGAAGACGUAUUCUCUAACUGCGCACUACGAUGAGUUCCAAGAAGUGAAAUACGGUGGGCGCUACAGCAGCGACAUCCUCAGCAAUGGCAUGACCCUUCACCUGGGUGGCAGCCUGGACCGCCAUGUAGGCCGGAGUCGCGGCGGGACCUGGUCCACCAGUCGAAGCAAAGAUCAGGGCAGCGCCAACGGCGGCGGCGGUCUCCCCCGAUGGAGUCGGAGGGAGAUCUGCCUCCUCUCCGCGCUGGUGUUCGCGGCGGGCAUGUGCGUCAUCUUGGGCAGCAUGCUGGCGCUGAAGUACAUUUCUCUGGACGCCCAGCAGGACCCGCAGUGCCGGCAGGACUGCCAGCGCAAGCGCUCCCUGCUGCGGGCGGCCCGCUUCGUCCAGGCCAACAUCGACCCCACCAUCCAGCCCUGCCAGGACUUCUACUCCUUCGCCUGCGGCGGCUGGCUGAGGCGCCACGGCAUCCCCGAGGACAAGCUGAGCUACGGCAUCAUCACCGCCAUCGGGGAACACAAUGAGGAGAAGCUGCAGCGCCUCCUGCUGGAGCCAAUUCGGAGGCGCGGGGUCGACUCGGCGGAGCGCAAGGUGAAGGAGUUCUAUCGAUCCUGCGUCAACAUCCACGAGAUUGACAAGCUGGGGUCGGACCCCAUGACGGAGGUGAUAGACAGCUGCGGAGGGUGGGACCUGGUGGGCGCUCCCCCUGGCGCCGCUGGGUGGGAAAGGGAGGGGGCGCCGCAGAGGCCAGACUUCAAUGAGCUGCUCUACAGGACGCAAGGCGUGUACAGCACCGCCGUCUUCUUCUCCCUCACCGUCAACGUGGACGACAAAAACUCCUCCAGGAACGCUAUCAGGAUUGAUCAGGAGGGGCUCACUCUGCCUGAAAGGAGUCUGUACCUGGGACAGGACGAGGACAGCGUGAAGAUCCUGGCGGCGUACAAGGCUCUGAUGGAGCGUCUGCUGAGCAUGCUGGGAGCUCACAAUGCCACACAGAAGUCCAAAGAGAUUAUACAGCUGGAGACCCGACUGGCCAAUAUCACUGUGUCAGAAUAUGAUGACCAAAGAAAGGACAUCAGCACCAUGUAUAACCGCAUCACCCUCAGGCAGCUACAGCGUAUUGCUCCCAGUCUGCACUGGAAACGUCUGCUGGACAGGAUUUUCCACGACAACUUCUCAGAAGACGAGGAGAUUGUGGUGCUCGCCACCGAUUACAUCCAGAAAGUCUCCGAGAUCAUCAAGACCACGUCGAAGAGGGUUCUCCACAACUACAUGCUGUGGCGCAUCGUGGCGGCGCUGAGCGAGCACCUGUCCACCGCUUUCCGCAGCACCAUCCACGAGUUCUCCCGAGAGAUCGACGGCACGGAGCAGCAGCUGGAGCUGGGGCGCCUCUGCCUCACGCAGGCCAACAAGCACUUCGGGAUGGCUCUGGGAGCUUUGUUCGUCCAGCAGCACUUCUCCUCGCAGAGCAAAGCCAAGGUACAGGAGCUGGUAGAGGACAUAAAGCACUCCCUGGACCUCCGGCUGCAGGAGCUGGACUGGAUGGACGGAGAGACCAAGGAAGCCGCCAGAGCGAAGCUGAAGCACAUGAUGGUGAUGACGGGUUACCCAGACUUCCUGCUCAAGCCUGAGCUCAUUGAUCAGGAAUACGGGUUUGAUGUGGACGAGAAGACGUACUUCAAGAACAUCCUCAACAGCAUCAAGUUCAACAUCAAGCUGUCGGUCAAGAAAAUCCACGAAGAGGUGGACAAGACGGCGUGGCUUCUCCCCCCUCAGGCCCUCAAUGCCUACUACCUCCCUAACAAGAACCAAAUGGUGUUCCCCGCCGGCAUCCUUCAGCCCACCCUCUACAACCCGGAGUUUCCUCAGUCUCUCAACUACGGAGGAAUCGGCGCCAUCAUCGGCCACGAGCUCACGCACGGAUAUGACGACUGGGUGAUGCAAUGGUUCAUGUCCCUAGGGGGCCAGUACGACCGCCACGGCAACCUCAAGCAGUGGUGGACCGAGGAGUCCUACAGGAAGUUCCAGAAGAAGGCCGAGUGCAUCGUCAAACUUUACGACAACUUCACAGUGUACAACCAGAGGGUGAACGGUCGUCUGACACUGGGAGAGAAUAUUGCGGACAUGGGAGGACUGAAGCUGUCCUAUUAUGCGUACCAGAAGUGGGUGCGGGAGCACGGCCCGGAGAGACCCCUGCCCGGCCUCAAGUACACUCACGAGCAGCUGCUCUUCAUCGCCUUCGCUCAGAACUGGUGCAUGAAGAGAAGAUCGCAGUCCAUCUACUUACAGCUGCUGACUGACAAACACGCACCGGAGCACUACAGAGUGAUCGGCAGCGUUUCGCAGUUCGACGAGUUCUCCCGUGUUUUCCACUGCUCCAGAGGCUCUCCCAUGAACCCUGAGGACAAGUGCUCCGUGUGGUGA